CACAUAUUCCCGCUUAACAAAACAUUUGUAAUGCCUGUACCGCAAAACGAGAGCGAUAGAACUCGUUAUUUUUUAAAAAAUCGUCUUCUGUCGGAUGUUACAAGUUUCCGGGGAUACGACAUAGAAUGGAAGCAUAUUCGCGAUUUAUUGUUUCGUACUGCGGAAAACGGCGAGUCUAAUAGUGCACUUCUUCUGGGUCCAAGAGGAUGCGGCAAAACAACGCUUGUAACCUCGGUGUUAGCGGAUUUGCUUCCAGAGAAAGAAUUUUAUAAAAACACGUUGAUCGUGUAUCUUAACGGCUUGAUACAUACAGAUGAUCGGUUAGCGCUUAAAUCGGCUACGUCCCAAAUGAACCUGGAGAAUGCCGUCGAUGGCAAAGUUUUCGGUUCAUUUGCCGAAAAUCUCGCAUUUUUGCUUGAAUGCCUUAAAGCUGGCGAUAAGAAAAAAUCCAAAAGCGUCAUUUUUCUCUUGGAAGAAUUUGAUCUCUUUUGCUCGCAUCAUAAUCAAACGCUGCUGUACAAUUUAUUUGAUGUCGCUCAAUCUGCCCAGGCACCGAUAUGUGUAUUAGGUAUAAGCGCUCGAUUGGAUGUAAUCGAGUUACUUGAAAAGAGGGUGAAAUCUCGAUUUUCGCAUCGUCAAAUUUUUCUGCUUCCAAAAGAGAAUGACAUCGAUGAACGUAUUAUGUUGUUUAAAACUCUACUGAAAUUGACGACAGCAAAGGAAAUUUCGGAACACAACAAGAAUUACAAACCGAUACCACUAGAAGUGUUGCAAAAUCGAGAAUUACCACUACUGCGACGGAUUUUCAAUCCAAACGAUUAUAACUUCAAUUCCAAAUGGGUCAGUCAAUGGAAUAAACACAUUGAUUUGCUUGCCUCUAGUCGAAGUGUCAUAGCCGUGCUUCAGAACAUGUACGAGUACGAUGUUAUUGAGGGUCCCUUCAAAAGUUUCCUGUUCGAAUUAGUGUCCCAGCUUGACGAAACUAAUCCGUGGAUUACCGUGGACAGUAUUCAGUCUCUCGGACAGCACUUUGAAAGUGAUGAUAAAGUUUCCCUGCUAUGCGGUCUUUCAGUACUCGAAUUGUGUUUGCUGAUUGCAAUGAAACAUCACUCGGAAAUAUACGAUCGGGAUCCGUUCAACUUCGAAAUGGUGCUGACACGUUACAACAAGUUUGCCAAUUCUAGCUCUACUAUGCAAGGAAUAGAACGAAGUGUCAUUCUCAAAGCAUACGAACAUAUCAAGAAUUUGGAACUGAUAGCGCCGCUCACUGGUGCCACGUCGAAAGUGCAAAAAGAGUAUCAGCUGCAUCGGUUACUAUUGACCUACGGGCAGAUAAAUCAGGGCUUACAGAAGUCGCAAAAUCUGCCAACGGAGAUCAGUCAGUGGGCGCAACGUUCUUUUGUGUGAUUUUUUCGGAGGUAUCGUAAGUCGACAUAAUUAUUAAAACUAGGAAUAUGAUAGCUAUAAUAUCAAAUGUA